AUGGAUAUUGCUAUUAAAAAACAAUUACUCACAGUCGGAUAUAUAGAGCGUUUCUGGGAAAAUUCUAUAAAGAUCGGAAAAGACAAAGUGACGCGUACUUAUUUAGCGACUCGUCUCGAAUUGCUCGAGACUUACUGGUCACGGUUUCUGGAUGCGCAUGAUCAAAUUCUCUCAUUUGAAAAUGUGGAUGCCUCCGAGUAUAUAAGGAAGGAUAUCUACGGAGCAACAGAAGACAAUUACGUGGCAGUAAAAUCUCGAAUCGUGUCUAUCAUGCCGCCGGCAAAAUUAGUAGAUUCCGCGGUGGGAAAAAGCGAUGCGUCCUCCGUCCUCAAACAGAUUCAGCUACCGAAGAUAAGUCUUCCGACAUUUAACGGUAAUCAAUUGGCAUGGGAAGGCUUUCGAGAUUUAUUUAAGUCUCUAGUUUACGACGUCGACGGCCUUACUCCGACCCAAAAGCUUCAAUAUCUGAGAGCAAGUCUCACCGGAGAAGCGGCGGCCAUCGUGGCCAAUAUUGAGAUUACGACGGAAGGAUACGCGCUCGCGUGGGACGAGCUUGUUUCGCGGUAUGAUAACCGGAGUGUUUUAAUGGCAACACAUAUGCGACUGCUCUUGUCUAGUACGCCGAUCGUGAAGUCGACAGCUGCAGAGAUCGGGCGCUUGCUGAGUACAGCCAAUCAAGCAGCUCGCUCCUUUCAAGCACUAAAAGGGCCAGUUGAACACUGGGACGACUGGUUUGUGCACAUUCUAGUGGACAAACUAGACCAUGCGACACGAUUACUAUGGGAGUCUUUUUCAAAAUCAAAUCAAGACUUUCCGACCUUUGAGGAUCUGAAGUAUUUUCUGCUCACUCGCGCAAAGGCAUUGGAUGCUGCGGGGCCGCGGGCAUCACUACCGGCAUUCAACUUGGCCACGCCUAAGAAAACGGGACGCAGGGAUGAUGUCUCGUCUCAUGCCACCUCUACCGGGAACGAUGAAGGAAAGGCCUCUUGUCCUGUGUGCAAGGAACGGCAUACGAUAAGGACCUGUGCAAGGUUCAAGGCCUGCACUGCCGAUCAGCGUCGUGAACAAGUGCGGAAGAAGAAGGUCUGUUUUAAUUGUCUAGGGCAAGGACAUCUGGUGGGCUCAUUUACGGUCAGGGCCUUGUUGGACUCAGGGUCGGAGGCAUCGUUUGUCUCGGAACGAGUGGUGCAGCAGCUGAGGCUCGCUCGGAAACGAGUCAAUGUCACCGUCUCCGGACUUCAGGAUGUUACAACAGGAAAGGCAACUCAAGCGGUCGCUCUGAUGAUCGGCUCUGAUCGAUCACCGUCUCUGCGAAUUGCACUACCGAGGGCGCUGGUAUUAGCUAAACUCACCACGAUCACUCCAGGGAAGCGGAUUCUAAAGGGGGAUUGGCCUUAUUUAAAGGGUCUACAGCUUGCCAUCCUCGGGGUAGAUGUAAUGGGUAUGAUACUCGAGAAUGGUAUCAAGCGAGGGCCCAUUGGUGAGCCAACCGCUCAACAAACCGUAUUCGGAUGGGUCCUCAUGGGCCUCUUUGUGGGACCGGCGGAUGCGCUACCGACCGGUGUGAACCUGGAGGAAAUGCCAGCGGCGAAGAUCUUCACACCAGAGAAAGACCUGUGCGAGCAACUGUUUGAAGAAACCGAUGCUCGCGACCAUCAGGGACGAUACAUAGUGCAUCUUCCUCGGAAACGGAAUCCGUCGAUCGGACUCGGAGCUUCCCGACCAGGGGCUCUGCAACAGCUCUUGACAGCCGAGCGGUAUCAUAUGGAGCCAGUGCCGGACGAGGGAGUGGCUACAGGAGAAGUGUACUACAUGCCACACCACGCCGUCAUCAAAGCCACGGACCCGCCUGGAAAAAUAAGAGUAGUCUUCAACUCUUUUUUCGGAACAUCGACAGGUGUGUCCUUGAACGAAACGCUUCUGCCUGGGCCUAGAUUACAAAUGGAUCUCUGGCUGGUGCUGUCUCGCUGGCGUUUAGUACACGGAUCCUCUGGCGGACACCCCCCUGCUACAGAAGUAAAGGAUUUUAGACUCACCACCGUCACCUACGGUACGACGUCGGCACCAUAUCUGGCCAUUCGCACGCUGCAGCAACUCGUUCUAGAUGAAGGGGAGCGAUUUCCACUCGGCGCGAGUGUCAUACGGUCCAACAUAUACGUGGACGACGUACUGGCAGGAGCAAACACGAUGGAAAAGGCUCUAAAGCUGAGACAACAAAUAGUGGACAUCCUCGCAGCAAUUGAGCAAAUGGGCCAGCACACACCCAUCACUAUGUCCAGAAGGAAAUCAAGAGGAACGACUUAUCGGGGCAUCAAACAGCGUGGGGACACGAGGGGUGCUCUGGACUCCUGA